AAAUUACAGGAAAUUUUAACUUUUCAAGUGAAAAGUGCGAAAAAUUGAUAUUUUCCGGACGGUUUAUUUAUUAAGUGAUCACAAUGACAAGUACAUCUGUGAAACAUCGCGAAUUCGUUUCGGAACCAAUGGGAGAGAAAGAAGUAACCGCUGUUGCUGGUAUUGGACCAACAUAUGGUGAAAAAUUGAGUAAGGCUGGCUUUGAUAAGGCUUAUGUGCUAUUUGGACAAUUUCUCCUUUUGAAGAAAGAGAAGGAACUUUUCAUUGAUUGGUUAAAGGAAGUAGCUGGAGUAAGCAGCAACCAUGCCUUAUCAGCUUAUAAUUGUUUAAAUGAAUGGAGUGAGCAGUACAUUUAAAUUGUUACCAUCAGUGGCGUACGAUUGACUGCCUCACAAAUACUGUAUUGUUUAUUCGCUAUUCAUUUGAAAUAUUUUCGACAAUAUGCAUUCAUCAAAGCAGAUAUGGGAAUAUCAGCAGCAUACCCUCAAUGAUUUUUCGGUUAGCUUACGGAAGAAACAAUACGAUAUAGUUUUUGUUGUUAUUCAGGGAUAAAUGGAUGAAUUGUUAGAGUUUACUGAAAAAAUGAAAUGCUUAUUUGGUUGAGGGUAUUAAUCAGUUUCUGUAAUUGCAAGAGGAAUAUUUUACUGAAUGUGAAAUGUAAAAGAGUAGUUUAAACGGUGAAGGGAAGCUGUGGGAGAGAAGGAUUAGGAAGGGGAUUUUGGUUCACAGUAAUAUUUGUCCAAAACAUUUGCUUGCAUUGGAUUAUUUUAUUAUAGUUUGUGAUGUUGGUCAUAAAAUGAUGUUUAAGAAAUGAUGCACUGACAGUAUUAUACAUAAAUUUGAUUGGUAAUUGAUGGAUAAUUCAAACUUGAGUGUUCCGCAGAUGGUGAUAAUUAUGAGUUUGGGCAGUACACAAUUUCGAAAUAAAGUAAACAAGGAA